AUGCAGAACCAACAGCAAAUGGCGCAGAUGGCGGCCAUGAAUGCGAACAACGGCGCCGUUGAUGGCACCCCCAUGAUGCGCAACAUGGCGCAACCCGGCGGCAAGGGCACUGACCCCACCGAGAAGCUCAACACGUACAUCUACGACUACUUUCUGCGGAACAAACACCUCAAUCUGGCGCGCGCCAUGCUUGAAUGCGACAUGAAGAUGGCCACGGAAAAGGCCAGCCCAAACAGCAAGAUGAAUGGCGCCGACGCGAUUGAGCAGAUAGACGAUCUGCCUCUUCCCUCGCUGCCACCCAACCAGGUCGCGGACAAUUCCUUCCUGCUCGACUGGUGGGUCCAAUUCUGGGACAUUUACACGGCCACCAAGCCGCGCAGCAAUGCCUCCAAGAACGCGAUUCAAUACGUCGGCCACAACCGGAAUCUCGGCCAGUUGCAGAAUGAGCAGCGAAACCAGCGCAUGAUGAUGAACAACCCUAUGAACGCGCAAUACCAGAUGAUGAGAAACGGCGCAAUGACCAACGGUAACCAGACCGACCUUAAGCGGGCGGCAGCCAUGAAUAACAACCGACCCACCGGCAACCCCAUGGCGGGUAUGCAGCAGAUGAAGGGCCCCGGCAUGAUGGCGGCGCAGAUGCAGCGAGAUGGCUCAAGCAUGGAUAUGAACGGCCAGCGUCCAAACUCGCCCGGAUCCAAUGAGAAUGCCCCAUCUCCAAACAAGCGUCCGCGUGUCGAUGGUGGUGGUAUGAACGCUGGUAACAUGCCCAACAACCAGUUCAAUGAGUUCAUGCCGCAAGGCCCAGGUGCGCAGCAGAAGAACAUCGAGGGUAUGAACUCUGGCGUCCAAGGCUCUCCAAUGGCCCAGCCCGGCCUUGAAGGGCAAGAAAACCUCUUUACUGGCAACGGGCCACGACCUGGCAAUAUGCCCACCAACCCUCCAGGUGCACCUCAGCAAGGCAACCACGCCCUGCAAGACUACCAGAUGCAGCUUAUGCUUCUCGAACAACAGAACAAGAAGCGAUUACUCAUGGCACGACAGGAACAGGACAACCAGUCCGGUCACCCACAGCAAGGUGUCAUGGGCGCCCCAGGUUUUGGGGCAGCCAUGUCACCACAAGGUAGCAGAGCUGGCGGUCCUUCGCCUAAUCCCGCCGACCAGAUGAAGCGGGGUACGCCCAAGUUGGGUCAGCAGAAUCUCCCCGGCUCCCCCAUGCCAGAAGGCAUCAUGGGACAGCAGCGCGCAUCUCCCGCACCGAACAUGAACUUUGACCCUAGCCUGGCACCCCCGGGAAUGCCCCCGCAGUUCUACUCUCAGGGAAUGCCUCAGAACGGCCCAAUGGGCAUGCGCCCCCCGAGCUCACAUCCGCAGCCACCCAACUUUGGUGGUCAACAGAUAACGCCUGCACAGAUGGAGGCUAUGCGUAACGGGCAGAUGCAACAGAAUGGCUGGCGCGGUGGACCUCAGCCUGGCAUGAUGCCCGGCGGUCAGCAAAUGGGAGGACCCAUGGGCCAGAACCCACAGCAGCGCCAGCAAAUGCCACCACCCCCAGCACCUACGAACGAACAACCACGACCUGAGCCCUCUCCGUCACAGUCUAACCCAAACCCACCGACCCCAUCUCAAACCAACAAGGCCAAUCCUAAGAAGAAGCCUACCAAGGACAAUAAGAAGCCCGCAAACAAGAAAGGGGCGAAUACAGGUGCGACUCCAGCAGCAACAAAUGGCGAAGAGCCUCCUACUCCAACGUCUUCCACUCCCGUGGCCCCGAUUACGCCAGUCCACAAGCAGUCUUUCAACCAGGGACAAAAUGGUCAGCCACAGCAGCCUGUGCAACCACCAGCGCCCGCCGACCAGCCCAUGGACAACGGAGGUGGUCAGCCAUUUGGCAGCAUUGAUCCUGAUCCUAACAGUUUUGACCUUGGCCUCAACUUCCCCGACGACGGCGGCGCGCUCGAGACAUUUGACUUUGAUUCAUUUUUGCACACUGGUGACAACGACGGUCUCGGCAACUUUGGCGACUUUGACUUCGCCGGUGCAACAGAAGUAUAG